AUAUGUUGUGUCGUUAAUAUCAUGUGAACUGUAAAAUAUGUGGUUAUUUAAUAUUCUGCUUCCGAGACAUUUACAAUAUCUACCAUUUGAUUCUGGAAUUUAAGUGUUUUCAUGCUAAUUUAAUUUAAUAUUAUACGAUAAUAUGUAUAUAGAGUUCAGUUCAAAUCAUGGGACCAAUGAGAAAAUUUGUCGGCGGUCUUCUGUUACUACUCGCGUCUUCCGUUACGAUCUCCGUCUUGUUAGCCAUAUCAUCUCUUUCUCCAAACUGUACUCAAGCUGAUUUUUAUAAAGUUCAAGAUCGCCAGUCUUCCUGGGGUCCACAUCGACUUGCCAUAAUUGUGCCAUUCAGAGACAGAUUCGAAGAACUUUUACAAUUUGCCCCUCAUAUUCACGACUUUUUGAAUAAACAGAAAAUUAAACAUACUAUUUAUGUUAUUAAUCAAGUUGAUAAAUUGCGUUUUAAUCGUGCCUCACUUAUCAAUGUUGGGCAUAUCUUGAGCCGAAAGGAUUGUGAUUAUCUAGCAAUGCAUGAUGUGGAUCUUCUACCUUUAAAUCCUAAACUGAACUACUCCUACCCUGAAAAUGGACCGUUCCAUGUUGCAUCUCCUGAGUACCAUCCAAAGUAUCACUAUUCAACUUUUGUUGGUGGCAUACUUCUAUUAACCAAGGAACAGUUUGAACUUGUCAAUGGCUUGUCAAACAGAUAUUGGGGAUGGGGUUUAGAAGAUGAUGAAUUCUUUGCAAGAAUGAAGGAAGCAAAAUUUAAUAUCAGCCGCCCACAGAACAUUAAUAGUGGUGUACAUAACACUUUCAGACAUCUGCAUGAUCGAACUGUUAGACGUAGGGAUACUGCUCGCUUGUUUAAUCAGAAAGAAGCAACUAGGAAAAGGGAUCGCUUGACAGGCCUAGCAGAUGUGCAAUAUGAAUUAAUUUCAACACAACAUAUCACUAUCGAUCAAGCUCCUGUUAUAUUACAUAAUGUAAAAUUAAUUUGUAAUUAUUCAUUAACUCCUUGGUGUGAACAUAAACCAGGAAACACUAAAAAGUCUUUGUAGAGUUUUAUUUUAGAAAUUUUGUAAUUAAUGCAAUAUGAUUUUGUGUGCUGUAAUGUGAUAUAAUGUUGUUGUUAAACAUAACGCAGAAAUAUAGAUACUGAUAAUUUAUUCAAGAUUUGUAUCUUAGAUAAUAUUAAAUAAUUUGAAGUUUUUCAGAAUGAUAAUCUUUUAAUUGUUUCUAAAAUGCAGAAUUUG